AUGUCGAGUACUCCUUCCAUUCUCGUCUUGAAUGCCACAAGUACAGUUGGCAGCAAAAUUGUUGCUGUGCUCAAUGGAACUAAUCACUUCAACGUCAAAGCUGCCACACGUUCUCCACAAUCGAAUAAAGCCAAAGAACUUCGGAAAUUGAAUCCAAACGUGAUCAUUGUACAAUUAGUAGCGGAUGACGAUUCAAGCAUUGCUGCAGCUUUAGAAGGUGUAACACGAUUAUUCAUCAUCACGCCUUUAUCACCCUCAGAUACUAACUUCAUCACUCGCAUAUUAGCAAUUGGCCGAUCAUUUUUGGAUUUAGCUGUGUAUUUAAGUGCCGAGAGUGCUAGUCAAGAUUUUGCUAUCUAUCAUAGAGCCAAUGAGAAGGCAGUGCAAGUAUCUGGAGUAUCUCAUAUUAUACUAAGACCAACAUCAUUCAUGGAUAACACAUUUGACAGUCAAACACCGUUGUUUCGCAUUGAGAACAACACCAUGACAUUAUUCAUGGGUGAAACUAAGAUGGCACAUAUCGAUACACGUGAUGUUGCUGAAGUUGGAGCUAAAUUUCUUACAAUGGUCACAAAUGAAUUAAAACCUUAUUUAAAUCAAGUUUACGUAAUGCGUGGUUCACAGUCGGUGGAUUGUAAGCAAAUAUGCCAUAUUUUAUCUCAGCAUCUCUUACAACAAAUUCGCUAUUUAAACGUCAGUGAAGACGAUUUUCGUUCAUUGUCGAUCAAGCGUGGUUUUUCACCCGACGUGAUUGAUCAUUUUACUCAACUAGGUAAAUAUUUCGCUAGUGGAAAGUCAGCUGAUCCGACACCAACAACAGAACAAAUACUGGGCAAAUCAGCACGAAAUUGGAAUGAUUUUAUGGAGACGAACAAAGAAAAAUUUACCGCAGUUGUAAAGCCUGAAAAAUCAUAG